AUGGUGACACGAGGUCGUGCUCACCAGAUGACUGUGGAGGAGCCGGUGAUUACAACGACAGUGACAGACACUUAUUUGCUAGAUUCCAAGGCCGAUGUUGUUAUGUUUGAUAGCGGUGCUACCCAUUCUUUUGUAUCUCACACGUUUAUUAAUCGUUUGGGGCGUAAUAUCGGAAAAUUGGCUCACCCAAUGGUUGUCGAUGUUGUCGACAACCGCACUAUUUAUGUCACCGAUGUUUAUCGGGGUUACACUCUCCAGUUUUCUGGAGUUGAAUUCCCCAUUGAUCUUAUCCCUAUUGCGAUGCGAGAGCUCUGCGUUAUCGUAGGCAUGGAUUGGCUUGAUGCGUUUGAUGCGGAAAUCCACUGUCAUAAGAAGCAAGUUCGUGUUCGAAACCCUAGAGGUGGAGAACUUAUUAUUCAGGGGGACAUUCCCCGCCUGGCUAUGGCUUCUUGCUCUUCUGCUAUAGCACUAGACGACGUUCCUAUCGUUUCCGACUUCAGUGAUGUCUUUCCAAAGGAACUCCCUGGCUUGCCACCUAUUUGCAAGUCACCUCCUCGUCGCAUCUAUCAAAAUGUUUCAGUGGAAUAUUUGGCUUUGUAG